UCACGGCCCGUGCUUUCUCACGACCGCCCGGGGACGCUUUGAGGGAGGUAGCGAACACCUCGAGCGUGGACUGGCUAGAAACCGGCUUGCAAGUGAUCGACGACUCUAACGUCGCGGUUUCGUCCGUUCUCCCCGAGAUCGGCGCAAGAGCAGGACGCGGGUGGUCCGUCCUCCACGAAGCAGAGGAACAGGGCCGCUUCCAGGCGACGUGGCAAAACGAAGGCACGCCGGCGCUGGUGGACACCCUUCGGGAGUCCAGCCUGGUGCUGUAUUGUGACGGGUCGGUCAAAGACUUUGCCGGGUCUUGUGGCGUCUUUCUGCAUGGGUUCGGCAUCCAGUGUGGGGCGGCGUGGCCCAUCGGGCUCCACACGGAUUCGUACGAAACCGAACGCAUGGCGCUCAUCGCAGCCUUCCGAGCGGUGGCACGCCACGCGCUGAAAAGCGAGCAGGUGACGAUCUGCACGGACAGCCAGUCCAACGUGCGGGCGUUGCUCAAUCCGAGACUGCGGGACGACCUGGGCGCCGAGGUCUACACGGCUGCAGCGGACGCGCUGAAAAGCUGCGCCAAGCUGGUCGUCCGGUAUGUGCCAGGGCACUCCGGCAUCGCGGGGAACGUGGUCGCCGACCACCUCGCGGGGUACGCCAACCGCAGCGACCUGCAGGAAGAGGGCGAACCGAUCACGCGCAAGCAGUUCAAGACGGGGGCCCGCCGCUACGUGCGGAACGAAGCCCGCCGGAACCUGGCCGAACGGCAACGGGACGAAAAGACAAAGAGCAAAACAGCGCAAACGCUCCAGGAAACAGGGGGCUGGGGGCGUGAUCUGGUGACCGACGCCGGCGGCCGCGUUGGCCAGACCAUGUAUUACGCCCUGCGCUUUGGGUUGUUGGCGGCGCAGCCGAGUGGAGAAGACCUCGACUGUGCCCUAUGUGGGCAGGGGAAAGCGACUACGGCGCAUUUCGUGCAUGAGUGCCCGAUCACGCAGUCAUUCUUCCGCUCCUGGGACCUCGGGCACAUGGAGGAGUGCCGCGACAAACCGAACCAAGUCGCGAGGGCCCUAGUGGAUGCCAACGACGCCCUCGCACCACUCGCCGGCCCCUUCCCGGCAAUACGGCACCAGUGGUGGUCCGAUGGACGAGGCCGCAGCGCGGUUGAAGAGUGA